UCAAGUAAAAGAUGUAUUCAACUGUGUUUUACACUUCAGUUCAUCCUUCCACUUCAAUUUUAUCAAGAAAGCAGCUACCUUUAUUGAUUUCCAAGGACUUCCCUACAGAGUUAUAUCAUUCUUUACCUUGUAGGAGCUUGGAAAAUGGGCAUAUCAAGAAGGUUAAAGGAGUAAAAGUAAAAGCCACAAUAACUGAAGCUCCGGUUACUCCUACAGAGAAGAGUGACUCUGGGGUUAACGGUGAUUUGAAGGUUCCACAGAAGAAGUUGAAAGUACUUGUUGCGGGUGGUGGGAUUGGAGGGUUAGUUUUUGCUUUAGCAGCAAAGAAAAAGGGGUUUGAUGUGUUGGUGUUUGAGAGGGAUUUAAGUGCUAUCAGAGGAGAGGGACAAUAUAGAGGUCCAAUUCAGAUACAGAGCAAUGCAUUGGCUGCUUUGGAAGCAAUUGAUAUGGAUGUUGCUGAAGACAUCAUGAAUGCUGGCUGCAUCACUGGUCAAAGGAUUAAUGGCUUGGUUGAUGGUAUUUCUGGCAACUGGUAUUGCAAGUUUGAUACGUUCACUCCAGCAGUGGAACGUGGACUUCCCGUGACAAGAGUCAUCAGCCGCAUGACUUUGCAGCAGAUCCUUGCACGUGCUGUUGGGGAGGAUACAAUUAUGAAUGAAAGUAAUGUUGUAGACUUUGAGGAUGAUGGGGAGAAGGUUAGUGUGGUUCUUGAGAAUGGACAACGAUUUACAGGUGAUCUUCUGGUUGGUGCUGAUGGCAUAAGGUCUAAGGUACGGACUAAUUUGUUUGGACCCAGUGAAGUUACUUACUCUGGCUACACUUGUUAUACUGGAAUUGCAGAUUUUGUUCCUGCUGAUAUUGAUACAGUUGGGUACCGAGUCUUUUUGGGCCACAAACAGUACUUUGUUUCUUCAGAUGUGGGGGGAGGCAAGAUGCAGUGGUAUGCAUUUUACAAUGAACCAGCUGGUGGUGUGGAUGCUCCAAAUGGUAAAAAGGAAAGAUUGCUUAAAAUAUUUGGGGGAUGGUGUGACAAUGUCAUAGACCUAUUAGUUGCCACAGAUGAAGAUGCAAUUCUUCGUCGUGACAUCUAUGAUAGACCACCAACUUUUAGUUGGGGAAGAGGUCAUGUUACAUUGCUUGGGGACUCUGUCCAUGCUAUGCAGCCUAAUUUGGGUCAAGGGGGAUGCAUGGCCAUAGAGGAUAGCUAUCAACUAGCACUGGAACUUGACAAAGCAUGUAGUCGAAGUGCCGAGUCAGGAAGCCCUGUGGAUAUCAUCUCAUCUUUAAGGAGCUAUGAAAGUGCUAGAAAACUUCGAGUUGGAGUCAUCCAUGGACUGGCUAGAAUGGCUGCAAUCAUGGCAUCUACUUACAAAGCUUAUCUUGGCGUCGGACUUGGUCCACUAUCAUUUUUGACGCAGUAUAGAAUACCACAUCCUGGAAGAGUUGGUGGAAGAGUAUUUAUUGACUUGGGAAUGCCUCUGAUGUUAAGUUGGGUUCUAGGAGGCAAUGGGGACAAGCUUGAAGGCAGAAUAAAACAUUGCAGGCUAUCUGAGAAAGCAAAUGACCAAUUGAGAAAAUGGUUUGAAGAUGAUGAUGCAUUAGAGCGUGCUACUGAUGCAGAGUGGUUACUUUUACCUGCGGGGAAUGGCACUUCUGGUUUAGAAGCUAUUGUUUUAAGCAGAGAUGAGGAUGUCCCUUGCACUAUCGGGUCUGUCUCACAUACAAACAUUCCUGGAAAAUCAGUAGUUUUACCUUUGCCACAGGUGUCUGAAAUGCACGCCCGAAUAUCCUGCAAAGACGGAGCAUUUUUUGUAACUGAUUUACAAAGCGAACAUGGCACCUGGGUUACAGAUAAUGAAGGCAGAAGAUACCGGACGUCUCCAAACUUCCCUACACGUUUUCAUCCAUCAGAUGUUAUCGAAUUUGGUUCUGAUAAGGCAGCAUUUCGUGUAAAGGCAAUGAAAUUUCCUCCAAAAACUACUGAAAGGAAGGAAGAGCGUGAAGCUGUGGGGGCAGCGUAAAGCUUGACCUGAUAUAAACGGG